ACAGCAACUGUAACAGCAACAGCAACAGCAACCGUAACAGCAACAGCAACAGUAGCCGUAACAGCAACUGUAAUCAGACAGAGCAACAAUGGUGAAAACAUUUCAGGCCUAUUUACCGUCCACAAAUCGGACCUACUCAUGUGUUCAUUGCCGUGCACAUCUGGCAUCGCACGACGAGCUCAUCUCAAAGUCGUUUCAGGGUAGCCAGGGACCGGCAUACCUAUUCAAUUCGGUGGUAAAUGUGGCCUGCGGCCAGACGGAGGAGCGUGUCCUGCUCACCGGACUGCAUGCGGUCGCUGAUAUCUACUGUGAGUGCUGCAAGACGCCGCUUGGCUGGAAAUAUGAGCAUGCGUACGAGUCCAGCCAGAAGUACAAGGAGGGCAAAUUCAUUAUCGAAUUGGCCCACAUGAUCAAGGAGAAUGGCUGGGAUUGAAGGGAGCGAAGCGGACGUCGUGCGUAAAGCAUUUUUGGUGGGCUGGUAGUCCGGGCGGCUUUGGGUAACGUU